UUUCCGCUGGCGGCGGGUUUGGUGAACGUAAGGAGAACUCGCCUUUUCCUCUCGGAAAAAUGGAUAAAAAGAAGAAGCAAUACGACGUGACGGCUGCCUCCCUUGUGGAGCUGAAAGCCGAACUGUUCCGAAAACAAGAGCAGUUCCACCGGGACAAGGUUCGCGUGGACGCGGGACGCAAGGAGCCCAAAUGCAAGAGCCAGAAGCCCGGCAGUGUUUGGAGGAAGCAGAACGAAGGCGUUUCGGCCCGAGCGCAGAAGGAUGAGCAGCAGGUCACGGAGGAGGAGAAGAGCCUCGAAAAGUCCAGGCGCAAACUGGAGGAGAAGGCCCAGCUGUAUGAGCAGAUGACCAGAGGAGACUUCCCUGAUGAGGAGACAGAGAGUCUGUACUUGGUGGACUUCACGCAAAAGAUCAUUGACCAGAAGAAGGGUAUGCAGAGUCAGCGGGAGGCGAGACAAAACACGGAUAGCGAUGGAGAGGAAGACGGUGAAGGCACUGAGCCCAUUCCUCCGCCUGCAAACCCGGAUGAAGAAUGGGUGGACUAUGUGGAUGCCCUUGGACGAUCUCGUAGGUGCAUGAAGAAAGACCUGCCCAGCUUUCAGAAAAUGGACCACGAGCUUCGGGGCCAGAAGUGUGAGCCUGGGGGCAAAACGCUGCUCUCGGAGGAUAUGCGCCGGGAACUGCAGCGGCAGCAGUGGGAGCAGGAGGAGGAGGAGGCGAUGAAAAGACCCGUUGGACCUGUGCACUACGAGGAUGUCCGGGAGCAAGAGGCACGAGAGCUCGGCGUUGGUUACUAUGCUUUUGCUCGCGAUGAGGCACUUCGCAAAAAGCAGAGGGAGACUUUGGACAUGCUGAGAGACCAGACCACGGAUCAACGCAAUAAAAGGGACAAACUCAAGGAGAAGAGGAAGGCCUUGCUCGAGGCCCGGCUGGCCAAGGUGAGGCAGAGGAAGAUGAAGAAGAUGAAACUGGAUGGGUCAGAGGAGGAACUUGCAACAGAAGAGAAUGAAGGUGUCGCAGAGAAGGAGUCAACUGCAUCUUUGCCGACGGCUGAGGGCCUCACCGAGACUCCUGUAGAGCCACUGGCCCCUGGGUCAAAGAAGGUGGAGGUGGAAAUUCAGGAGAGGAGGGACACGAAGCCGGGAGUCCCUCACGUCCGGGAAUGGGACCGGGGCAAAGAGUUCUCCUUUGGCCGCUGGAAAAGCCAGCAAAGGGAUGAGAGAGAGAUGGAGUUUGCACCCCCAUCGUCAUACUUCAACAGCCGCAGGAAAGCAGACCGUGGGGCGGACCGGGGCGAGCAGACACUCGCAUUCCGCUGGUCAGGGUUGGGGACCCAGAGUGGAGGCAGCGAGACAGCACCCAGCAGGCCUGCAGGCUCAGUGCAGUCCCACAGUGCACCACAGACUCAGUCCCAAAAUGCCCCCAACGCCCCCCAGAGCCACACGCAGAGCCUGGAUGACCUGCUUUCUUUCUACAGACUUUCUAGCUGAUCUUCUAGCUGGUCACAUGGCAUUGUGGGCUGUGAAAGCUCCACAUUACUGCAGGACAACAGAAUGGGGAUGAGUAUAAAUGAUGAUCCUCAUUUGCGAGACUGUCAGUCACAGUUGUUGUAGAACAUUAACAAUGGGCCAUUGCACCCGUUUUUCUUGCCCAUUGCUUUUAUGUUGGCUAUUAAAUGUGUUACUGAUGA